CUGGCCAGCAUGUUUCAAACCUUGAAAAACAGGUGCAAGGAAAAUGGUUGGCCAAAGGACUGCAGUGAGAUCCCCGCUGGCAGCUCCAGUGGCAUCUACAUCAUCCAGCCUGCUGGAUUCCACCAGCUCGUGGUGUACUGUGAAAUGGAUGUGACCGACGGGGGCUGGACAGUCGUCCAGAGGAACCGGCAUGAUACAGAGAUCACCUGGGCUGAGUCCUGGAGCACCUACAAGUAUGGCUUUGGCAAUGUGCAGAGUGACUACUGGCUAGGCACUGAGUACAUCUAUCAGAUUGCCAAGCAGAAGGUCUACCAGGUCAAGUUUGUUGUCGAGGAUGCCACAGGCAGCCCCAAGUUCGCAGACUACAACCUCUUCAGUCUGGAAGAUGAAUCCCAUGGUUACCGGUUGAGGCUGGGCUCCUACACCGGGACAGCAGGAGAUGCCAUGACCUCAGACAAYCCCAAMAAKGUGCAYRACARCAUGAAGUUCUCURCAAARGAUCGAGAUGAAGACACUUACAGAGGGAAUUGUGCCUACAGCUAUGAGGGUGGAUGGUGGUACUCGGCAUGUUAUUCUGUACGGCUGAAUUUCAAGGGUGGCCUGACAUGGGGUAGCCUGUGCAAUGGGAACUGCAAAUCAUCUCUCAUCCUCAUCAGACCAGCUCCUUACCAUUAGCACUCCUUCUCCUGCUGUUCUGCACUGAGCACAAAGCCGGACCAGGGUUCUCCUGGGGCCCCUCUUUCCAGAAAGAAAGAAGAAAAUAGCUCCUGAUAUGCAGGGAUAUCCCCAUUCACCCCCAGCCUUCCAGUCAGUGAAGUAGCAAAGCUCCCUGCUUUGUAGAUACCAAGCCUUUCACCUAAGCUGGGUUUUUAUGGAUCAUUAGUGGUACAGAACUUUAGAAACAUUGACGUUUCUAAGCAUGCUCCUUCUGGUGAGAAAACUGUGGACAGGAAUUGAAAGCUCUCCUGAUCCAGUUAGCUCCAUUCACCUCUCUGCUUUAAGGGCAUGGAAGAAUAUCCCAUGACUUCAGCAGAAAAAUAUCCAUCAUCACUAGCUGAGAACUUGACCAGCUCUGAGCACAGGCAGACCUUGCAUGCACUAUAUCUCUGCUGUAGUUUGUAGUUGUGCUACAGAAUAAAAUUGCUUUCCAGAACC